ACACACACACACACUUCACUGUAGAGACUCUGCUGAGUGAGGAGGAGGACGAAGAUGAAAAUAAAGAUGAAGAUGCUUUUUGUUCCAAUGGUGAUGGUUAUCAUGUCAGUGCCGAGCGUGACAACAUUUACAACAUUUACCACAGCUGCUCCAUGGACAACAUGGACAACAGCUCGUCCUGCAGUAAAUUUGAAUGGGAAGAUGUUCACCUUAUCUUAUAGUGGAGGAGGAAUAUCCUUCUAUUCCCCCUUUCGUUCUUCUGACAGUUCUUACAUGACACACUGGCCCGCCUCCACCUACCCCCCCCCGACCACGCCAGGUUUUUCUGUGUGUCUGCGUUACCUCACCGACUAUUUAGGAGCAAACCCCGCACUCAAACUCUAUCUGACGGGCUUCGACCCUAUGACUCUGGGAGCCAGUUCCGAUUUAUCCUAUUCACUGGCCAAUGAUUAUAGUUACUCCUCCCUGUCCUUCCGACCCAGCAUUAGAUUCUGGCCCGAAGUUUUUGCACAGGACAUAUGGACCAGAGUCUGCGUCACCGUGGACAGAGUGAAGAAAGUGGCCCAGGUGUUCAGCGGCUCAAACAUGAGCAUCAGGAAGAUUCUGCCCCCUCAGUUUGUGUGUCCUCAGUGUUCACGGGCAGAUGGGCCUGUGAUCGAUGUUCCAGGAUUUGAUGGUCAGUUGACAGACGUCCAGAUGUGGGAUUAUCCUCUGGACCACGGAGGAAUCAUCCUCUACAUGAGGUCCAACGCCUACAGGCCGUCCCGUGGCUCUGUCCUCACCUGGGAGGACAUCAGCUACUCUGUCAGUGGAAACGCUCUGCUGGAGGACGUGUACGAGGCUCAGGAGCCGCAGCCAAUCAGCAAAAGGGGGAGAAGGCGUAAAGUGAGGGGAGGGAGGAAGAACAGAGAGAGAGGAGAGCGUCAGUGAAACACACACAAGCAGAUAAAGAGCAAGCUGCGUCCUCUGUUCCUCAUUUGAUCGUUCGAUCAACUCAAUAAAAUCACAAUUUAACAAUAAUCAGCAUUUAUCAAUAUCAAAUGUAAAUGAUUUGAAACUAAUUAUUAUAUUUACAGUCUCAGUAAUGUGACACUUUUGAUUUUCGUCCCUUUUGUAUUUGAUUCCUCACUUUUUUAGGGAACUGAAUUUGAUUUCAAAAACAAAAACAACACCGGACAUAUUUAGGGAACUGAUAUCUGUGAGUGUGUGUGAAAUAAUUUGAUUCAAGGGAACAGACGUGUGCUCUCUGCUGAGCGACGUCAUGAUACUGCAGCAUCGAGUGCAUUCAAACCACGUUCAAGUUAUAAGUUAACACAAGACUGUGCUCAACAUAUUUGCAUUUGAUUAAAAAACAACUGUUGGCAUCAAGUGAGCGUCAAUAAAGAUCAGCUGCAUCCAGACUUUCUUCACGUCGUCACUUCUUUAUUGAAACUGGAGUCUCGGGGCUUCGGUGAAGUGGUUAUGGCUUCAAACAGAAAUAGUGUCAUACAAUAUGUGCAGCAGUGUAGUAGCUGAACGUCUUUUAAUACUUUUCUAUAGUUAAACCGCAAAAGUUUGUUUUGGACUUGACCUUUAAAGGCUCUUGAUUCUUUCUGAUCACAGAGCGUAUUCAACCCAUUAUCAUCACACAGAUAUUGAUCAUUGACACAAGACGCCAAUAAAUAAAUGGAUCUUAGUGAAAAGAGUUUUCAUUAAAACCUCUAAUUAACAGCUUUCCAUUUUAUGUCUUCGAGGUGAGUGAAACGUUAAAAUACAUUCUCUUGGAGUCUGUUGGCAAAUGAGCAACAAAUUCAAAGUGUUUCGACAACAUUGAAAUCAAAUGAUUAUAUGAAGAAAUUCUCAUUUAUAACUCUGUAUUUAGCAACACAUCUGUCAUCAUAGCAAAAUAAUUAUUGUACAUCCUCACGUCAGGGCCAACAUGUCACUUUACACCGUUAUGUACAAAACCCUUCAUUCUCUACAGAGUGGUGCACGAGAGCAGAACGGCCCUCCGUGAAAAAGUUGCUAGAAAGUUGUGUUAUCUUUUCACAAAUAGAAAACUUACACGGUUACCCAACAUCCAGAUGUCACAGGUUUUUCCAACCAGCACAUAUUCCUGUUAAUUUUCUUUACAAUUAUCUGCUUGACAAAAAAACAAAAAAAACAAGGCAAAUUUCAGAGAAUUCAUAAAACAUCAUGGCUUAAAAAUAAAAUGACGUAAUAACCGUCUGACAUGAGGUCUGGUCGACGAGUUAUAUUUUGAAAUGUAGACGUCAACUAACUCCAUGUGCAGACAUGUGCAACCACUUACUAUUUAAAAAAGAAACUCCGUCUGAAAAUACAAAGACCAGAAUCAAUGAAAAGACCUGUAAAAGCGUUAUUGCUGUCAAUGGAAUAUAUCCUCUGUUGGUGGAAUAUUCAACGUCUGUACAUUUUGUCCCCUUCACUUCAAAAUGUAAAAAAGAAUUUAACCAGAUUGAUUUUAGAUUCUAUGUUAGUGUUAAUAAAUAAGAUUCAAAAGCUUAAUUGACCGAAACCACAAAAACUUCAGCCAAUUUUUCUGUUUAUUUAUUUGACAGGAAUCGAUAUAUUUCUGAUUUAGUAUCUGUGUUGUUCCCUUGCUCAGGAAAAAAAUACACUUAUGUCUGAAGGGAAAAUAUCCCGAGCAGGAAAGAGGUGAACUUUAGUGACUCUUCAGCAGAAUUUAUUUUAUUCAGUGUGAGAAUAAAGAAUAAAUGUUAAGAAUAUAGCUGCUCUUAUUACUUUUAGAUGAAUCACUUUUCAUUCAGGAACAGUUUGAGACUCAGACCCCGUUCAGACCUGGUGUAAACAUCUGACCUGGGGUCUGAUCACUCAGGCCACAUUGGAGGUGGAGAAAAAUAGAAAUAAUCUCCGUUAGUAAAAACCCUUUCGUCCAAAUAUCAGAAACUCACACGCUCUUCUUGAUAAACCUCAUUCGUCACAAUAAACACUUCUAAUACUUUUGACAAAUUCUCUAAAUAGUUCAUUACUACCUCAAACUUUUCAUAGCUUUGACUUGUGCCAUAAUUUUUUUAAACUUUUAAUUUGUUCUGACUUUUUUUUUUUUAACUUACAUUUUCAACUUUUAAUUGUUUUCAUUCCUGGCAGAAGCAGAUGUCCAGUGUGUGAUGACUUCCUUCAACCCGCAGACGAACGCACUCGAAAUAAAAACUGUUUUUCACACCGCACUGACACGAACGCAAGAAAUUGAACAGAAUCAAAACCAAAUCCAAUUUUCUCAGACAGCAACAACAUGAAUACAGGGAAGAUGAUUUGCUCAUGAGAACUUCAGAUGUUUACUGACAGUUGUUACAGGGUCGCUGGUGCCUCAUGUUGUGUGUUUGUAAGGAGAACAUUUGACUAAAAUUUUGCUAUAAAGCACUGCUUGGCUCUGCUCGGUUCAGUUUGUUUGCAUAAAAGUGUCAGUUUGUGUGUGUGUGUGUGUGUGUGUGUGUGUGUGAAGGGCACACUGGUCCAGUCAGCGAUGAAGUGCACUUCUUUAAAAAAAAAAAAAUCAUAAUUUCUUUUUUGGAAAUGGAUGGGGGAAAAACUCCAGAGUCAGUUCUGCCUGCAGCACUCCAUCGUUAAAGUUAAAAAAGUAAAAAUAAAAAAUGUCAACAAGGUUAAAAACGCUGAGGGUCAAAGGUCAGCUGGGGUCGUUUUCCUGCUCCUACUCCCAUGACGGUGAUGACAAAUCCUGCGUCGGCUCAGAUACACUGAAGUUAAUGUGUCACGUGUGAAAAGAGCAAACAUCUGAUGCAUUAGAAAUGUGUCCCUCGCUCUUUUCUUCACUUAAUGUUUCUGUGAUAAAAAAAUAAAAUGAUCACGUUGGUCCAGUGGACCUGCAGCGUGGGGGGAGGGGGGUGGUAAUAACUGAAUCGAGUUGUUUAAAUUGGAAAACAAAAAUUCAAUGUGCUUUUCCAUGUUGAACCCGAGCAGGGGGCCUCGGACUGGGAACUCAGCUCAAGCACACAGGGGGGCCCCACUACCUGGGGGCCACCAGGGAGGAUACUCACUGCCCCCCCCCCCCCCCCCCCCCAAACUUGAUAACAAGCUCAAAGUGGCGUUAGAGUUUCAGACUGAGGGUCAAAGGUCAGGGUGU